UCAUCAAUUUAAAGUAAAAAACGUUGGAUCACUUACGAACCAUGUACGGAAUGAUAUAUUAUAAAGUGCUCCGAUUAUUAUCAGACCAUUUAAGUUAAGCAUCCUUGUGUAUGGGGACUCUACGACACCGCGACUCAACUUAAUUACAAAAACAAACGUCCAAAACAACAACUGAUAAGUUACAUCCUCUUUGGCGAUUAAGGAUUUCUGAAAAUCUAAACACCGAUAUGACAGACUAGGUAGCUAGCUCGGUAGAGUGAUUCAGUAGUCUGGACUUGGUGGUCAACCGACAAGAAAGAAUGGCAUCAGGAAGGUUGCAUGCGAGGAAAUCAUGUCGACAUUUCUUGAAUCUGGUACUCAGUGUUCGGAAAAUUCUGAUCAUUAUCAUUACACCGAUUAUUCUGCUUCCGAUUCUUUUAAUGGUGGAAGGAAACGAAGCAAAAUGUGCCUACUGUAUUAUUGUAAUGGCGAUAUAUUGGAUAACAGAGGCUCUACCAAUAGCUGUGACGUCAUUGCUACCAAUCAUCAUGUUUCCUAUGGUUGGACUAUUAAGUGCCAAAGAUGUGUCAAACAAAUAUCUCAAUGACACCGCCAUGCUAUUUGUUGGAGGUUUGAUCGUGGCAGCCGCCAUAGAGUACUGGAAUAUACAUAAACGUCUGGCCCUUAGAGUCCUCAUGCUUGUCGGGUCCGAACCAAAAUGGCAAGUUUUUUGUUAGCAUUACAAUGUACAUAGUCAUGUAUAGAUAUUUCAUCAU